UCCUUUGAUUUUGUGUGUUUUCUAGCUGAUUCUAAGUUGGCAGCUUGAUUCAUGGAUCUCGCAGCAAAAGACUUAUAUAUUCAACAGUUCGCAAGUAAAGUGUUUUCACGAGGAGACCAGGAGCCGAAGGAGAGACCGUAUGCUCAUUUCAAGACUAAAAAUAACACCGGCCCUCCCAAGAAGAACAACAGCCGAAAGAAAACCCCCAAGGAGAAAUUCAAAGAUGGAAAACCAGCGACUGCUAAACCCCAACAGAAGCCCUCGGCCUCUCUAGCAGCACAGAAGAAUCCAACUAAACAAAAAGAGUUUAAAUCCAAGAGCACAGAUGGAGUGAAUGCACAGAUGCCAAAAGGUGAAAAUGUUGGCUCACAGUUCUCAACAGUGGAUGUUCUACGCAAGAGGCUCCACGAAAAGAUCGAAGAGUCCAGAGGACAGGGAGCCCCAAAGGAUCCAUCUUCAGAGGCAGUACAGGCAAAACGAGCAAAACGGAAGCUGGAACGGGAGCGAAAGAAGAGGAAGAGGAUGGAGUUUCGGAUGAAGAAGCUGGCAGAAAAAAGUGGCCAAGACGGAGUGCCAGAGAUAAAAGAGGAAGAGACACCUGCUCCCACCGCUGACACGAAAAGAAACGAAAGUGCUCUUGUCUUCAACAGGGUGGAGACGGUGGAGGACGAGUAUGUUGACAAAAUGCUGAAAAAGAAGGUCAAGAAGCAGAACGUCAAAGGGAAGAUAACGCCGCUGACGGGCAGCAACUACAAGCAGCUGCUGAGCCGCGUGGAAGCGCGCAAAGCAAAGCUGGAGCAGCUGAGGGAGAAAGACGAGGGCAAAGCGCGCAAGAUGGAGGAGAAGAUCAGGUGGACCAACAUGCUUUACAAAGCGGAGGGCGUCAAAAUCAAGGACGACGAGGCGAUGCUGCGCGCCUCGCUGCACAAGAAGGAGAAGCGACGCGCUCAGAGGAAGAAGAACUGGGAGAAGCGCAGCGAGAACGUCCUGGUGAAGAUGCAGCAGAAGCAGGACAAGAGACGCAAGAACCUCCAGAAGAGCAAGCAGAUGAAAGUGGAGAAGAAGAAGGCCCGCGCGCGGAAGAAGGGCAGAAUCCUGCCUGAGGACUUGAAAAAGGUCACGCUGUAGAGGAAAUGUCCCAAUACAUGAACCUGUCUGUGCUGAAGCUGCUGCUGAGGCACAGGUUGUAUCAUCGCACCUGUCCGAAGAUUUGAUGCCAAUAAAAUGUGUUCCUUUGUCAGAA